AUUUUUGUGUACCUACUUUGUAAAUAAAAAGUAAACCCUUUAUAUUUUAUCUUGUAUAAUAUUAUUAUGUGCUACGAUUCGUUUUAGCUAAUUUUCAACUUAAAUACUCAAUAUUUAGUAAAAUGGAACCUGGCUCUACAAAUAAACAACGUACACCAAGCCGAUGCAGAGAGUGGGAACGUCAACGACGCAUAAAAUUUAAUGAUGCUAUUUCAAAACUUGGAGAGAUCGUAAAAUCAAUAAACAGAGCUAAUAAUGAUGAAGAAGCAGAUAACGUACAGUAUCCUAAAAUUGAAAUAGUACAAAAAGCUAUACUCUGCUUAACAAACUGUCUAAAAGAAAAAACACAGCUCAAAGCAGACAUAUUAGCCUUAGAAAUAAAAUUAGAAACCAUAGAAAAACACAAAAAUAACAAAAAGGAUGUCUCAAUACAAGUUACUCUUGGUAUAACUAAAAAAAGUCCACAUUGCAAAUGUGUAAAAAUUAUAAAUCAAAGUACCAAAACUGAUAAUGCUAAAGAAACAACAACAACAAAUCCAAAACAAACAGGAAAAAAAACUAAAGUAAUAAACAGAUGUCCACCAAAGUUACCAAAGUUAUUACCAAUUUCAAAUCUUAAAAAAGAAGGUACUAUUGUUAUGUUACCCGCUACACCAUAUAUAUUUCCCCAGAGGCCAGUAUUGUUUCCUCAAGCACCUACGAUUGUCUUGGUAGAUACAAAUCUUCAGCCACUAAAUAAACAAACAACAAUUCCUAUUAUUAAUAGAAAUUCAAAUGAUAUUACAAAAACAACAAUGGUUAAUGUGCUGCCUAUCUCUGCAUACUCCCAUCCAUUGUCAGCUAAAACUAAGAAAAGUAAUUCGAAACCCAGAAAUAAUACAAUCAAAAAAAGUGUCAAAAGACCCAAAUUGAAUGGGUCAAAUGAUAAAAAGGAAGAGAAUGCAGAUAAAGAAAAACCAAAUGAAGAAUUAUCAAAUAAAAAUGAUGAUAUAAAUUCUAAUGAUAAGAAAGUGGAACCUGCUGAAAAAGUCAUAGAGACUAUCAAAGGAACUGUAGUUGAUGAUAAAUCAAAAAGUCCUGAAUUAGAUAAAUUUGCUAUUACUGAUGAUAAAUCAAAAAAUCCUGAAUUAAAUAAAUUGGCUAUUAUAAAUGAGACUAUUACUUCUACAAAUAAGAUAAAUAUAAAACCAAAAAAUGAUUCUAAUGUAAUUCUUGAUAAUACUCUCAACAACCUUACAGGGUCACCAAAAUGUUCAGGACCUUCAAUCAUCAAAUCAAAUAACGGAGCAAUUAUUGCAACCUUACCAAAUUGCACUGCAGGCACUGAAAAAAUUACAAACACUGUUACAAUACAAGAAGUUAAUACAAAGUGUACUAAAAUCCCUCCUGAUAAAAAUAUUGUUGAGAGUGAAUACAAAAAUAAAGAAAACAAGAUGCAAACUAUUAUGGAUACAACAGUUUGUGAAAAUGUUGUUGAUGCUGGUAAUGCCCGUUUAGAAUUAGCUGAAGAACUCCUAGCGGCUUCGCCAACUGCAGCGUUCUUGAUGUCUUUUCCAUUAGUUAGUGGGAAUAGAGCUGACAGCCCUGCUGAGGAGACUGCUAAUACUACUAUUGUCAAAGAAAGCAGCCGUCGAAACGAAACACCCGCACAACAAAUUUCCUAUUUUGACAAGUCUAAUCUUGAACUUAAAAACAAAACUUCUAGCAAAUCUCAGAACACAACUACUACUACUACAACAACUACUUCUAAUACUCUUGUAGAUAAAACUAUUGAACAGCUAAAAUAUGAGAAUAAUAAAUCAAUGAAUUUUAAACCUUCAGUACCUGCUACGGUAACUAAUGAGAAUCCAUUUUUAAAUUUACCAUUGCCUUCCAUAGUACCAUCGAGUUGUACAUUAACCGAUUCAACAUUCGGUUUAGACUUUGACUGCAAUGUUACUAAAACUGUCACAAGUCAACCGACAACUUACAGUACGACUAAUAAUAUUUUUUACAAAAGCGAUCCCUUUAACACAGUUAAAAGUACAAUUUAUAGCACAAGCAGUAUUUCCUCUGGUCACGAAUUUAAUAGUUUAGGAUUAUAUCCAUGUGCAAUGGACAAUUACUCUAGUAAAAAUAAGUCUGAUUACUCAAAUGUAGAGGACAACCUAAUGAAAAUUAACUCAUCGAGGUUAACAUAUGAUAUUGAUUUAGGUUGGUCUCAUAAAAGUUUUGACUUUGUCAACUGCACAACUGGUGCAAACACUUUUCACAAAGAUAACAUUCUCACAACUGCUGCUACUCCGUUUUCGACAGCUUACAAUCCAUUUAAUCCAGAAUUCCAUGUACCUUUAGUAUCAAAUUCAAACAAAAAGAACCCAGCAAGUAAAACAAGUACUUUUCCUGAACAAAUCACAAGUCUUUAUUCUCAAAGUACUAACUUGUGGCCAGAAGACGUUUCGUCUAUAUACACCAACAGUAACGUGUCAAGAAAUUUUAUUCCAAAGCAACAAAACUUUUUCCCUCCAGAAAAUUUACAUCCAAAUAUAAAUGCAAAAACUAGUGUAACAAAACAAUUUGAUAACAAAAACAUAACAGAAAAUACUCCUAAUAUAGUUAAAUCUUCGCCUAUUGUAGAUCAGCACAUAGUUGAAAAAUAUACAAAGAAAUCUUCUCCAAAUAAAAUGCAUAUAAAUUGGAUGACAUCAGAAAUAAGACCUAUGCAAAAUAAUUGCAACCAAAAUCAUAUCAAUUUAAAAGAGCCUGUCAAAAUACCUUAUUCUCAAAUAGAUCAAGUUGCCAAAAAACUACCCCAAAGUGAUAGUUGUUAUUUUCCUAUUAAUAUGCAUAAUUUUCCAACUCAGUCAAAUCACGAAGAACUUCAAGUAUGGCCUACAGCACGGCCAGCUGGAACUACUGAAAUUAGUAUAGAACCUCCUCCAAUAAAUCUGCCUACUUUGGUCGGAGAUUUAGCUUUAGGUCCACAUGACAAAAAGAAGAGUGAAAUUGGAAAUAGGAUCUUACCACAUACUGAGCUACAAACCUGUGGUAAUUUUCUCUCUGUCACUCAGUUAAUGAAUCGUUCAAGCGAUAAUAUCAUGCCUUCUCGGUCUAAUGGUCCGAUGAACGAAUCACAAAAAUCAAAACAAAACUUAUCUCAUGUUCUGAAUGAAUCGAACAGAAAAACGAUGCCCGCGCGUUUAGAAACCCACCCACAAAUAUGUUAUGGUUUUAAUGAUUCAAAAGUUUCCCAGCCAUAUGAAAAUAUAAAUCAAUUUUCGCAAGCUAAAUCUAAAUCUAAUAAUAAACCAGAUAAGAUUGCCAAGGCGCAGAAAAAUAAUUACUCGGCCGAGGCGUUAAUACGCGGUGGCACAACUUGCAGUCAAAAAUUACUAGACAACAAUAACACUAAGUUCAUGGGAGCUUCACAGAAAUAUAAUGACUUCAAUGUGGCACACGAUAGUGGAGUGGCUCAAGUAUCACAUUUUCCUCCGAUUCUUGACUAUUCCGAUAAUACCUACGCAGGGCAGCAAUUUUCAGGAACAACUUUGUACAAUUCCACCACAAAUACAAUAUCUAAUUCAUUUUAUUCAAAUUUUAUGCCUGGAAGUAGUAAUUUAAUGGCUGGCAACUAUGCAGGUGGCUCAUUUUCUAGUGAAUUCGUAGAUUAUAAUCAAGUAGCAGAAUGUAAUUACUCAAACCAGAAGUUUAAUGAAAUAAAAAUGAAAAACAAUGCAAGUACAUUCCAACAAGAUAAAGAACAAUCUAAUUAUAAGAGUUCAAGAAGAGAGUCCGCACCAAAACAUAAGUUAGAAUGUUCUAAAAAAGAAUCUAGCAAGAAGUACCAAAAUAAGAGAACCAAACUAGCGAACGAAGUGGAAGAGUGGAAUGAAAGUAAUUUACUUUGGCAAAACAAACCCCCAGUUAAAAGACAUCAAAAUUUAAUGUCGGAAGAGCUGCCAUUUACAAACUAUGUCGGAAAUCAAAUGCCAGCACAAUAUCAGCCAGAUUUUAUUAACAGCCAUAUAAUGCAAUCUAACAUACAAAAUGCAGGACCAAACACUGAUAGAUCUUUAUCAAGCUUUCCAGUAGCUUCUCGUGCUAACUUUAACCUCAGCGCGUUGUUUCCAGAAAUAACAAUGAAGGUGCAAUGACAUUAGGCUACAUCGGUUUAUGAUUAAAGUAUACGCGUUACGCAACUGUGAUUAAGUAAAUAAUGUUAUUUAAUAUUAUACUUAGUAAGUAGACGAAAAAUUUUAUACUUACACGCUUAUUUAUUCUAAUAAAAUAUGUUCUGU